CUCUCUCUCUCUCUCUGUCGAUGGAGAUGAUUGAGAGAGGAGAGCUUCGAUCAAUCGAUUUGUUUACAUGACAAUGCGUUUUUAUCGAUCUGAAUUCUCUCUCAUUUCUUGCGAUUCCAUCUCCCCAAACAUUGAAUCUUUCUUCAAUUUUAUCCGCUUCUUUCCAAACAAUCUCUUCUUCAUAUAUCCAAUCAAAUCCGGUCCCCUUUUUUCAUUUCUUUUAUUACUAAAAUAUAUGCAAUCCACAUUCAGUCUCCCAUUCUUUCUUCAUUUGACCACUCAUUAAUUAUAUAGAUGCAAUCCUCCAUUAUUUCCUUUCCAUUUCCAUUUCCAUUUCCGUCAUCUACUUGAAAUCCUUUUCAUCUGGGUUCUUUUUCAUUCUUUCAAUUUCCCCAAUCGGAUUCAAUUGAGCUUUGAAAGAAGGUUGUUUGGUGUUUCUGUCUAAAUCUUUCAAUCUACUUUUGUUUUCAUUGAAUGUUGGAUCUGUUUCUCUUGUGCUAGAUUCAUUCUAUACACUUCUUUCUAUCUACCCUUUUGAUUCUUUUCUUGUAUAUACAUAUUAUCCUUUGUUAUAUAUAGAGAGAAAUCAGAUACUUGUUCUUUUCUGAUUGAUUUCAAAUGGGUUAUGUUCAAAAUCAAUGAGUUAUCAUUCAUAUUUUAAUGCCAAAGAAUUGUGGGUUGUGGAGUUGAAGGGCUGUUCUUGAUUUUGAUGAGUUUUUGAGAAUUUUGGUUGUGGAUUUGUGUGUUUUUUUGAGGGCGACUUGUUGAUUUUGGGUACACAAACACGAAAUCUUUCGUGUUUGUGAAAAGAUUAGUGACGGAUCCUCCAAACGAGAAUAGGGGGUUUGGUUGUGGUGCUGUUCUGGAGUGCAUAUUGAGCAUAAUCAGGGCCCUAAGGAUGGGGUCCUGCUUAUCUGGAGAAAGCAGGAGCCCUCACCCAAGCUCCCCAACACCAAGUCUUGGGGUUAAAAAGAAGAAAAACUCGAAGAAGAGAUCGACAUCACGGAGCUCUUCCUUUAGUUUCCAGAGGGAAGAACAGCUUCAUCGGAUUCCGGGGAGAAUGUUCUUGAAUGGCUCUAGUGAAUUUGCUUCACUUUUCACCCAACAAGGCAAAAAGGGUACCAAUCAAGAUGCCAUGGUUGUUUGGGAGAAUUUUGCCUCAAGAACAGACACCGUCUUCUGUGGCGUGUUUGAUGGUCAUGGCCCCUAUGGUCACAUGGUUGCUAAGCGAGUGAGAGACUCUCUCCCUUUGAAGCUAAGUGCACACUGGGACGUUAAUGUAAAGGGUAGUAGCGAUGUCCUCCGGGAGGUCACCCUUAAUUCCGCCACUAGCUUGCGUCCUGAAGAAACCACCUUAACUCCAGAUGAAGAUUCCAGAACCUCCCAAGACCUUGAACUUGAUAAGAACUCAGAGAAAUUGCAGGCACUCAAGGACUUGUUUUUGAAGGCGUUUAAAGUCAUGGAUAGGGAACUAAGGAUGCAUGCUAACGUCGACUGCUUUUGUAGUGGGACAACGGCAGUAACCUUGAUUAAACAGGGUCAGGAUCUUAUAAUCGGAAAUGUUGGGGAUUCUCGAGCUAUAUUGUGCACGAGAGAUAAAAAAGAUUCUCUUGUUGCGGUUCAGUUGACUGUGGAUCUAAAACCAAAUAUUCCAGCGGAAGCAGAGCGGAUCCGUAAAUGCAAAGGACGGGUUUUCGCCCUUCAGGAUGAACCCGAAGUCACGAGAGUUUGGCUACCUAAUAACGACUCCCCUGGCUUAGCCAUGGCUCGUGCUUUUGGGGAUUUUUGUCUCAAGGAUUUCGGUCUCAUUUCCGUCCCUGAUAUCUUUUAUCGACGUUUAACAGAAAACGACCAGUUUAUCGUCUUGGCAACAGAUGGGGUUUGGGAUGUGCUCACGAACAAAGAAGUCGUGGACAUCGUAGCAUCUGCCGAAACACGAUCUUGCGCGGCUCGGUCCGUAGUCCAGUCCGCGGUCCGUGCAUGGAAGUUCAGGUACCCGACUUCUAAAGUCGACGAUUGUGCGGUCAUUUGCCUCUUUCUUACCCCACAGCAAGUGGACAAUAUCCCGACGGCUACCGCCACCAAUUUGGCCGAGAAAGUUGGAACUGGUGCAGAUGAGGAUUUGGUGGACGACGAGGUGGUCAGGAACGAGGGUGUGGACUCCGCAACCAUGAAAACCGAAGCCGGAAUUGACUGGUCUGCCCUCGAAGGCGUGUCUCGAGUCAACACAAUGUUAAGGUUGCCGCGGUUCGUUCCCGAGGAGACCGAAAAACCGACACCGGGACAGAAAUAGACAAAUUGAACGAAAUUUAUGGUUGCAUUUUUCGUCGUGUUUUUUAAUUUUUGUUCAUUUUUAUGGUUUAUUUGUUUAAAGAUUAGAGGGAAAAAAAAGGGGGAUAAAAAGGGAACAAAGCCCCGACUAUAUUAGAGUGUUGGGGCAAAAUGGUAAUUUUGUAAAACCAGCUCUUCUUUGGGUAUAUUUUAUUAUUUUUAAAUUUAAAAAAUUGUGUAAUUUGUUAAAU